CGAGGGACUAAAACGAAAAAAACCCCGUCCCUCGCUCUCCAAAAUCCCUAAACCCCUCUGCGAUCGCAGAGAAGAUCGGGGUCCCCAAAAAUCGGAGAAAUGGAUGCCGUCGCUAAAUCCUCUCGUCCGAAUCCGAUCUCUCGAUUCAUCUCCACUCCUCUAUGGAUCGGACUCUUAAUUCUACUAUUAUUACCGGCGGAUUCAAACGCUAAACCGUUGCGGACGUCUUCGCUGUUUUCGCUGUUUAAUUUAAAAUCCAAGAGUAGAUUUUGGAGCGAGUCUGUGAUUCGCAGUGAUUUCGAUGAUUUGGAAAGUGAAGUAUCUUCGGACCAUGGGAAAAUGGAGGUUGUAAACUAUACGAAAUCAGGUAACAUUGCAAACUUUUUAAAGCUUUCAGAGGUCGAUUCCAUAUAUCUUCCUGUCCCAGUGAACUUCAUCUUCAUAGGAUUUGAAGGAAAAGGGAAUCACGAGUUCAAGCUUGGUGGAGAAGAGAUAGAGCGGUGGUUUACCAAAAUCGAUCACAUUUUCCAACAUACACGGGUUCCUCCUAUUGGGGAGGUCCUUACCCCAUUUUAUAAGAUCAAUGUUGAAAAAGUCCAACAUAAUCAUCUUCCUUCUAUCAGUCAUAUAAACUACAAUUUUUCCGCGCAUGCUAUACAAAUGGGAGAAAAAGUUACUUCUGUUAUUGAGCAUGCCAUAAGAGCCCUAUCCCGGCAAGAGAACAUAUCAGAUUCUAGGGACAAUGAAGAUGUCUUGUGGCAAGUUGAUGUUGACAGGAUGGAAUAUAUAUUCUCAACUCUUGUUGAUUAUCUUCAGAUUGAUAAUGCAUACAACAUAUUUAUUCUCAACCCCAAACACAAUGCUACACGAAUUCGUUAUGGUUACCGAAGGGGCCUCUCGGAAUCUGAGAUCAGUUUUCUCAAAGAGAACAAGACCUUUCAAGCCAAGCUUCUCCAAUCUGAAAAAGUGGCAGAGGGUUCUCUCGAAAUCGACGCAGGCAACCCAAGGCCACUUUACAUUAAUAGGCCUACAGCGACUUUUUCGUGGACUACGUCUGAAGAAAUUGAUACUAUAGAGUGGUCAAAAAAGUGUUCAGAUGCCUUGGAUACUGUUGAGAGAUUAAAUAAAGGAAAAGACACUGCAGAGCUUGUUUAUAGCAAAGCUGCUCAUAUCUUGCAUGGAAAGAAUGAUCUGAAACAUCUCUUGCAUGAAGGACUAAAGAUAGGGGAUUUAACCGGUCUCCAUCCUGAGUGUAUCACCGAUACAUGGAUUGGCAGAGACAGGUGGGCUUUCAUUGAUUUGAGUGCAGGCCCUUUUUCCUGGGGUCCUGCUGUAGGUGGAGAGGGGAGUUCGUAAGCAGAACUUAGAUCUGGGCCGAAUGUAGGAAAACUGUUGUGGCUAGCAGCAGAAAUAACAGAAGAAGAAGCUGAAGAUAAAUUGCAAGAUGCAAUUCGGGAGAAAUUUUCAUCUUUUGCUGAUAAUGAGCAUCAAGCCAUUGAUAUACUAUUAGCCGAGGUCGACAUUUAUGAACUGUUUGUAUUCAAACAUUGCAAGGGAAGAAAGGUCAAGCUUUCUCUAUGUGAAGAACUUGUGGAGAGGAUGCAUGAUUUGAGAACUGAACUGGAGGGUUAUAAUAAUGAAGACUCUGAUGAAAGCCAGAAAAAGAAGGCGCUUGAUGCAUUAAAACGAGUUGAAAAAUGGAAUUUAUUCAGCGACACUCAAGAGGAAUCUCAGAGUUACACAGUUGCGCGGGAUUCAUUUCUUGCACACCUUGGGGCUACUUUUUGGGGUUCAUUGAGACAUGUAAUUGCUCCCUCAGUGGCUGACGGGGCUUACCAUUACUAUGAAAAGAUAACUUUUCAGUUAUAUUUUAUUACAGAAGAGAAAAUCAGGAACAUAAAAAAACUGCCUGUUAACCUGGGGGCCCUUAAUGAUGCCCUUUCCUCGCUGUCUACACCAUCCCAAACCGUUAUGUUUAGUACACACAUGAUAUCACUUUCGGAGGAUCCCGCUCUGACAAUGGCUUUCUCUGUGGCGCGACGAGCUGCUGCUGUCCCACUUCUGCUAGUUAAUGGCACUUAUAGAUCAACUGUUCGUGCCUAUCUAGACUCCGCCAUUCUUCAAAGUCAGUUACAGAAGCUGAGCGAGCAUGGUUCACUUAAAGGAUCUCAUUCCAGUUCCAGGUCAACACUGGAAGUUCCAAUAUUCUGGUUUAUUCACAAGGAUCCUCUGUUUGUCGACAAACAUUAUCAAGCAAAGGCACUUUCUGACAUGAUCAUCGUUGUUCAGUCUGACUCAUCAUCUUGGGAGAGCCACUUGCAGUGCAAUGGGAGGUCACUUCUAUGGGAUUUAAGGAAUCCCAUAAAAGCUGCCAUUGCUGUAACUGCUGAGCACUUGGCUGGUUUGCUUCCUCUUCACCUAGUUUACAGUCAAGCACAUGAAACUGCUAUCGAGGACUGGACAUGGUCAGUAGGCUGCAAUCCUUUGUCAGUCACUUCCCAAGGUUGGCAUCUUUCACGCUUCCAGUUGGAUGUAAUUGCUCGAAGCUAUAUAAUUACUGCUCUGGAGGAGUCUAUACAAGCAGUUAAUACAGCCAUUCACCUACUAGUUAUUGAGCGUACCACUUCACAAGGAUUUAAGCUGUUCAAAUCUCAGGAGCGAGGAAUAGUGGAAAAAUACAACUCAAUUGUUGGUUUGUGGAGAAGAAUUGCAACUAUAUCUAGUGGGCUGCGUUAUGGUGAUGCCAUGAGGCUUCUGUCUACGCUUGAAGAUACUUCCAAAGGGUUUGUAGAUCAUGUAAAUUCCACCAUUGCUGCAUUGCAUCCAAUCCAUUGCACUCGCCAGAGGAAAGUCGAUGUAGAGGUAGACCUCACAACAGUGCCUGCAUUUUUGGUGGUUUUUGGCAUUCUUUGGUUCGUGCUAAGACCUCGAAGAGUUAAGCCCAAGAUCAAUUAGAGCACAUAUCUGCUGAUCAAAAUGUGUAAAAUGUAGAAUGAGCUUCAGCAAAAACCUUGCUGAAAGUAAAAGGCAAAUAGAAAAAAGGCCCCCAAUAUGUCUUUGAAUUCACAUACGCAACACUCUUCUUGAGGAAUGAAGACCGAAAUGUCCUGAUUCACUAAAAUUGUAGAACAUGUUGCUGAACGUUGCUGCUGGGAUCCUGGUCUUUUGUUGUAGAACUAGGAUAAAUAUCAUUCCUUGUAUGUGAUCAGUGUAUACACUUGUAUGGGAUAUCAGGGAAAUCUAAAGACAUUAUACUGAUCCAAAGAUAUUAAUAUGUUUUCCUUCUCUUCAUCAUAGAAACUAAUAAAGGUGAACGGAGUUGAUUUUUUGGAAUUGA